GUCGCGGCGGAGCUCAACUGAACUGAGAAAGGAACAAAUCAGUUCAUGAAGUGAAUCGGUUCAGUACGUUCACUCAAAAGAUUCGUUCUUUCGAACGAAUCGUUCGCGAACGACACAACGCUAAUGCGCAGAAGCCAAUUUGGAAGUGGUCCAUUGAAAGGUUGCUAGCGCGACCUCCUGUACUGUAGAAUGUAGUAUGGACCAUAGGACAGGACGGAGAAGACCCGUUAAGAAGCUGUGGAGGCCUAAGAUGCUCUAAUAGUCUGCUGGAAAUCCAAAGAAGACGAAGGAGUAAAAAGCAAAAUGGCGUUUGACAGAGAAGGACUAAACGUGGCCACUGGCCAUUAUUGUUUCUCUAUUUGUAUUUAGUGCAUACAUGUACGCAUAUAUGUCGUGUAGUAGAUGAAACAUUGUUAGUCAUUGUUUGUAUCCGGAUACAUUAGUCUGAGCGCACUUUAUGUGCUAGCUUAGCUUGCUAGUUAGCUUAGCUUGUUAGCUGCUAACAAAGAGACGCGGACGUUAUCAACACAUCGCUAAGUAGAGAUCAAAUGUGAGUGUAAAGUGUUGUUAUUGUGUGAAAAUGUGCGAAAGAACGAUAGCAAAGUAUGAGGAGGAACUUUGUCCAACAAAAGAGGAGAAGGAGCGACAACAUCAACUACUGGACGCUGUUUUCAAGAAACAUCAAGUUGUGUUACACAGAACAGACGUCCAGCAGCCCCCUCACGUUAAAGAGGAAGAGGAGGCUCCACAGCCCCCCCACAUUAAAGAGGAAGAGGAGGAUCCACAGCCCCCUCACAUUAAAGAGGAAGAGGAGGAAGUGUGGAUCACUCAGGAGGGAGAGUGUCUUCUAGGGCAGGAGGAGGAUGAUGUCACCAAGUUUCCACUGACUGUUGUCUCUGUGAAGACUGAAGAGCAUGAAGACAAACCACCUGAGUCCUCACAGCUUCAUCACAGUCCAAACGUCUGUGAAGAACAACUUCUGCCUGAAAAACAGGAGUGUAACUUCAGGAUGGUGAAGGAGGAUCCAUCAAAGAGGAAGACCAGGCGCCACGGACCCUCUGGCGUCUCCUUUUCCUCUUUGACACAGACCCUUCCCUGUAAAAAGGAAGAGGAAGACUCACUGACCCCCCACAUUAAAGAGGAAGAGGAGGAACACAGCAUCAGUCAGGAGGGCGAGCAUCUUGAAGGACUGGUGGAGUUCCCAGUGACUGAUGUCCCUGUGAAGAGUGAAGAUGAUGAGGUCAAAGGUGAAAGUGAGGAGAAGAGAGAGGCGGAGCCUCCAAGCAGCAGCUCAACACAACACAUGACAACAGAAGCUGAUGGAGACCACUGUGGAGGAUCACAAGCAGACCAGCUCAAAGAUGAUAAGACAUGUCACACUGACAACACACACUUGAAAUGUUCUCACUGUGACAAAACCUUUAAAUACCAUUGUCGUCUGAAAAGACACAUGAGAGCACACACUGGAGGAAAACCUUUACUACAAGGUUUUGAAGAAAGUCGCCAUUUGAAAGUGCACGUGAGAACACACACUGGGGGAAAAACUUUUUCCUGUUCAAUCUGUGGUAAAGGUUUUGUAAAAAGUUGUGGUUUGAAAGUACACACAAGAAUACACACUGGUGAAAAACCUUUUUCCUGUUCAACCUGUGGUAAAAGUUUCACACAAAGUCAGGGUUUGAAAACACACAUGAGAGCACACACUGGCGAAAAACCAUAUUCCUGCUCAGAAUGUGGUAAAUGUUUCACACAAAGUCCGGGUUUGAAAACACACAUGAGAACACACACUGGUGAAAAACCUUUUUCUUGUUCAAGCUGUGGCUCAUCUUUUUCAACGAAGGAACAUUUAAAUGUGCACAUGAGAGCACACACUGGUGAAAAGCCUUUUUCCUGCUUAGAAUGUGGUAAAUGUUUUACUCAUCACCGCAGUUUUAAAAUGCACAUGAGAACACACACUGGUGAAAAGCCUUUUUCUUGUUCAAUCUGUGAAAAAGGUUUUGUACACAGUCACAAUUUGAAAGUACACAUGAGAGCACACACUGGAGAAAAACCUUUUAUCUGUUCAAUCUGUGGUAAAGGUUUAGUAGAAAGUCACAAUUUGAAAGUGCACAUGAGAACACACACUGGUGAAAAACCUUUUAUCUGUUCAAUCUGCAGUAAAGGUUUUGUAAAAAGUUGCAAAUUGAAAGUACACAUGACAACACACACUGGUGAAAAACCUUUUACUUGUUCAAUCUGUGGUAAAGGUUUUGUUCUAAGUACAUAUUUGAAAGCGCACAUGAGAAGACACACCGGUGAAAAACCUUUCUCCUGUUCAAUCUGUGGUAAAGGUUAUGUACAAAGUCACAAUUUGAAAGUACACAUGAGAACACACACUGGUGAAAAACAUUUCUCCUGUUCAAUCUGUGGUAAAGGUUUUGUACAAAGUCACAAAUUGAAAGUACACAUGACAACACACACUGGUGAGAAACCUUUUUCUUGUUCAAUCUGUGGUAAAGGUUUUGGUAAAAGUAACUAUUUGAAAGUGCACAUGAGAACACACACUGGUGAGAAACCUUUCAUAUGUUCAAUCUGCAGCAGAAGCUUUUGUCAACGAUCAAACCUUGAAAGACACAUGAGAACACACCCAGGAGAGAAAGUGUUGAGUUGCAGUGUGUGUGGUGAAAGAUUCUCUUCUAAGUACCAGUGUAAGAAACACAAGUGUGCUGGUGAGAACAGCAGCAGCAAAUGAAACUGCAGGAUUAGAAAUAAACUGUCAAGACUUUAAUGUUGACUUUCUAACAACAUCAGCACAUAUAACAUGUGUGACAUUGUUGUUUGUGUAACAAUCUUUUUAAUAUGCUUCUACAUUUAUAGAUUAGAUAUUUUAUAUUGGUGCUUUUUUCAGCCAAGUAAAUGCAUUAAUAUGCAACAUUGUGUACUUUUAUUAAACAUUGAACAGAACAAUUUGACUGAAAAGGUGAGAGUAAACAGUACAAGACAUAUUUUACAUUUUAUGUGUAUAUAUAUAUUCAUAAUACAAUUUUAGACUUAUUCGUAAUAGUGUUUUCUAUAGGUGUUUGAAAUAUUGAAGUAUUACAUAUUAUUUCUAAUUGUUAAUGAUCCCAUAGGUUAGCACCUUUAUAUGAUACACAUAUGUACUGGUUCACAUCUGAAACAUCUUCUGGACCACUUCAGGAAGCAAUUUAUUAUUUACUUUAUACAUCAUUUGAACAGUUGUCUUUUAUACAAUUUUAAAAUGUGUAAUUGUAUGAAUCAUUUGUUGGGUCUCUAUAAUCCAUUUUAUUAAUCAUCUGUAUUACUCUCUUGUAAUAUGAUUGUGUUGUGAUUGUUUUAUAUGUAUGUACUCGGACAUUUAUGCAAUAAAAACAUG